AUGAAUGUUUAUUCAUUCUUCGAAGUCCGUACGGAUCCUGAGGUAGUCCUCAGCUUACGAGUUUGCAUGAGGAUGUUCAAAUUGUCUAGGAGCUUCAAAAUAUCAGUGAUCAUUUUGAUUUCAAAUUUUGAUUUAUUUUUAAGGACAUAUAGGGGGCAGAGAGUCGCAUGA